CUAAUCUUGGAAUGGUACCACAGAACGCUAGCCAGUUGUUUAUAAAUAAUUAAAUACAGUAGAUUCUGACGGUAACUUGAUUUUUGUGGUUCGGCUUUUGCCAUCUUCGGUAAACCGCUAGUAGAUCAGUCGCUCAGUCGGUUCUUGGUGGUACGACUUCAUUAUGUGGUCGAACAUAACGAAAAGAAUUAUAUUUAUUGGCCGAUUUAAAUCUAUUAAAGGGUUUUCUAGUCGAAAUUUAAGUUUAAGUUUGUGUAGAUACGACAUUAUUUCAAAUGGGAUAUUAAAAAAUUCACAAACUGUAGAAAUACCGAGGCUAAGUAUACCAGAAUUUGUGUUUUCUAGGAGUGAGCAAUUUUCGGAUUUGGUUGAAUAUGAAUGCCCAAUCACAAAAAGAUCCUACACUUAUGGCCAAGUACGCAAGAGGAGUAAGAACAUCAGUAAAAUGUUACGAAAAAAACUUGGCUUGGACAGGAGAGACACCGUUCUAGUCUUGCUCCAGAAUAUUCCAGAAUUUCCUAUAGCCGUUAUGGGCUGUCUUGAAGCGGACUUGAUUGUGUCGACAGCAAACUGUAUGUACACACCAGAGGAGAUUGCCAGACAACUCAGGGACUCACAGGCAAAACUCAUAAUAACCUCAUACGAAUUAUACAGUACUGCCCAAAAAGCUUCAGAAAAAUUGGGCAGGAAACUACCUAUUAUAUGUAUUAAGACUUUGCAAGACCAGUCUUUACCAAGAGACACUAUAGACUUUGAAGAGAUUUCUACUACAGUUCUGGACGUUCCCGAUGUGGAACCACCUAAUCCUGACGAUGUAGCCAUUCUGCCUUACUCCAGUGGUACUACCGGUCUAGCCAAGGGUGUCAGACUGUCACAUUACAACAUAGUUUCUAAUUUAUUACAGGUCUAUACGGUAGCAAACGAUUUGAUUGGAACUGCAUCAGGGAACUACCAAGAAACUACUCCGACAGUGUUGCCGUUCUUUCACAUCUACGGAUUUACAAUAACAACACUCUUGAUGAUGUUGAAGGGUGUCAGAGCAUUAACUCUGCCAAGAUUUCAGCCUGACACUUACAUACAAACUUUUAAAGACUAUAAAAUUAAUUUCGUUUAUGUUGCGCCACCCUUAAUUCUAUUUUUGACAAUGCAUCCAGAAGUGAAGAGCGAAUAUUUGCGACACUUGACGUUCGCAAUAUCAGGUGCGGCGCCGCUGGGUAGUUUGGACGAACAGCGUUUUAUAGAAAAGGCUGGACAAAACGUACUGAUGAUUCAAGCUUAUGGAUUGACCGAGACUUCGCCAGUGGUGGCGUCAAACACGAGAACCAUCAGGACUAAAUUCCUUGAAGAGUCAAAAGGUUCGAUAGGACACGUGCUUCCGAAUACGGAGGUUAAAAUAGUGAAGCCGGGCGAUACUACCGAUACGCCACUGGGUCCGAUGGAAUCUGGGGAACUUUUAGUUAAGGGUCCACAAGUGAUGCAGGGCUAUCAUAAUAAUCCUAAAGCCACAGAAGAGAUUUUUUCAAAUGGUUGGCUUAGAACAGGAGAUUUGGCUCAUUAUAACGAACACGGAUUUUUAUAUAUCACUGACAGAGUGAAAGAACUUAUUAAAGUAAAAGGAUUUCAAGUACCACCGGCAGAACUGGAGGAACUUCUUCGCGACCACCCGUCCAUUGCAGACGCUGCUGUGAUAGGUAUUCCCGACCCUGUGUCGGGUGAAGUACCCAGGGCUUACAUCAAGCUGAAGGAACCCGUGGAACCGGAAGAUAUUGACCGAUUUAUCAACGAUAAAGUUGCCAAGUACAAACGAUUAGAUGGGGGAAUAGAAUUCGUAAAGGAAAUACCGAAAAACGCAGCAGGGAAAAUUCUGAGGAGGGAAUUGAAGCAACGAUACUUGCAAGAGCAAAACGCUUGAUAUUUUUUUAUUAUUUUUACGUGUAUAUUUACUUUUUAUUGUAAUUUUUGAUCGUAUUUUUACAUUGUUAUUAUGUUAGGCGUACGGAUUUUUUAUUUUUAAAUAAGAUUUAUUUUAAAC